AUGGCCGUCAUCGACAUCAAGACCAAAGCCCAAUUCGACGAACUCACCCAAAAAACCCCCUACGUCGCCCUCCAAGCCCACGCAACCUGGUGCGGCCCCUGCAAAGCCAUCUCCCCCAUCUUCAACAAGCACGCCGAGACCCUCACCAACGAGAAAUACACCUUUGCCCGCUUCGACACCGACGAGGUGCCCGAUCUCGCCUUCGAGCUGGGCAUCCGCAGCAUCCCCGCGUUCUUUAUUUUCGAGAAUGGGGAUAAGGCUGAUACGCUGACGGGUGCGAACCCGCCCGCGUUGAAGAAGUUGACCGAGGCGAUUGCUGAGAAGAGCAAGGCUGGUGAGCUCAACACUACUGAGGACUUUUAA